AUGGGUUUGAAAUUGAAUAUUGAAACCCUAUCAGUACUUCUGUUUUUCCUAACAUCGACUGCCAAUGCCAAACCAGCCGUCUUUAAUAUUGUGAAGAAGUAUGGAGGAAAGGUUAAUGAGGAUAUCACCCUGCCUUUGACAAAUGCUUGGAAGGAUGCAUGUGCAACGCCGGGUCAGAGUACAGUUGUGGUACCAGCUGGGACGUAUAGGUUGGGCCCGGUGCAAUUAAAUGGUCCAUGCAAGGGUCCCAUUGAGCUUAAAGUUCGAGGCACCUUAGAGGCUCCAGGAGACCUUAGUUUUUUCAAAUGGGGUAGUUGGGUCAGUUUUGAACGUGUAGACCAGUUAACUUUGUCAGGCAAUGGAACUUUUGAUGGCCAAGGAAAAUCUGUUUGGGGUAAAUACAAUGGUGCCCUCCCAAUUAACAUACGGUUCGACUUUAUCACCAAUUCAAUGAUUCGGGGCAUAACAUCAUUGGAUAGCAAACAGUUCCACUUGCAUGUUUUUGCAUGCAAAAAUGUUACCCUAUUCCAUUUAAAUAUCAGAGCACCUGGAGAUAGCCCUAAUACUGAUGGAAUCCACAUGGGGCGAUCAACUGGAAUUAAUAUAAUUGAUUCGAAGAUCGGAACCGGUGAUGAUUGUAUUUCUCUUGGUGAUGGAAAUCGGGAUAUACUUAUCCAAAAAGUUGCCUGUGGACCUGGCCAUGGAAUUAGCAUAGGAAGUCUUGGUAAGUACGAGAAUGAAGAACCUGUGAUCGGGGUCAAAGUUCUUGAUUGCAACCUAAGAAAUACGAUGAAUGGUGUAAGAAUCAAAACAUGGCCUGCUUCGUUGCCUGGCAUUGUCUCUAAUAUGCAUUUUGAGAACAUCUACAUGAAAAAUGUUAGCAAUCCUGUCAUCAUAGAUCAGGUGUACUGCCCAUGGAAUCAAUGCAAAGCACAGAUUCCCUCAAAGAUUAAGAUCAGCGAGGUUAGCUUCAAAAACAUACGAGGCACCUCUCAAACUAAGGAGGCCGUCAAACUUUUAUGCAGCAAUGAAGUACCAUGUGAGAAUGUGGAGAUUAGUGACAUAGACCUCGCAUACCAGGGAAGCGACGGCCCUGCAACAUCCCAAUGUACUAAUGCCAAUCCCACCAUUUCGGGCAAACAAAAUCCUCCUGCAUGUACUUUGAAAUAA